UGCUAGAAGCCCAGAGCAAAGUCAUUCAGUCGCACGGUCACACACAGAGGAAACAUAGAGAGAGAGAGAGAGAGAGAGAGAGAGAGAGCGCCAGGGGAGGUCUGACAACACUCCAGACUACAUCUUCAUGGACACUAUCUUGCUUUCUUCAUAACUGCACAGCUGCAAUUCACAUGCAACAGUUUCUCAAGGCUUCAGUUUUUCCCCAGAAGACUAACUUGAUGUAAAGUCAGGAAGUGUCUGGUGAGCCGGUGACAGGAUCAAUAAUGACCUCCAGGCAGCGGUCCAGUCUGGACGUGAUCACCACGUGCCCCAGGCCAUCCGUACAUCUCUGCUCAUACUGAUUCCACCUGACUGUGGACUGAAGGAAACCGAGGGCACCCUCAAACGAACUUUGAUAUUUGCAACCUCACCCUCCCCUCCAGCUCCUGCCAUGUGGUGGGUUUGGUUCGUGUGCCGCUGCUUGUCCCUGGCAGCGCUGCUGGUGGUAGCAGACUGUGGAGGGGCUGAGCAAAGAAGAGGAGCAGAAGAAGGACUCAGAAGCUCCACGGCGAAAGCGAACAUCAGCAGCGGUCGGAAAUAUCAUCGGAUCCAACAAGGACAGUGUAGCUACACUUUUAUCCUUCCGGAGAGUGAUGGAGGAGCUUGUCGAGACUUUAAAGCGGGCACGGCAUACAAUGCCAACGCACUUCAGCGGGACUCACCUCAACCUGAAGCAGAAUUCUCCAACCAGAAGAUCCAGCAGCUGGAACACGUCAUGGAGAAUUAUACGCAGUGGUUACAAAAGAUUGAGAACUACAUCAAAGACAAUAUGAAGACAGAAAUAGUGCAGUUACAACAGAGCGCCGUUCACAACCACACUGCGGCCAUGUUAGAGAUGGGCACCAGUCUUCUCUCCCAAACAGCUGAGCAGACACGCAAGCUAACUGAUGUCGAGACACAGGUUUUAAAUCAGACAUCAAGGUUGGAAAUUCAGCUGCUGGAGAAUUCACUAUCCACCAACAAACUGGAGAAACAACUUAUGAUACAGAUAAAUGAAAUCAACAAGAUCCAUGACAAGAAUGGGUUUCUGGAGGAAAAAAUGCAGGAGAUGGAGGACAGGCACAGAGAGGAGUUGGAGGCCCUGCGGGAGGAGAAGAGCAGUCUACAGGCGCUGGUGAGCAGGCAGAGCUCAGUGAUCCGGGAGCUGGAGUCUCAGCUGAGUCGAGCCACAGGAAACAGCACUGCCCUGCAGAGACAACAGCAGGAUCUAAUAGAUACCGUGCGCAACCUCCUCAGCCUCUGUGCCAAGGAUGGAGGCACAGCAUUGGUGCCAAACAGCACAAAGCAAGCUGAUGAGGAGAGGAAGUUUCGGGACUGUGCCGACCUCUACCAAGCAGGGUUCCAGAAGAACGGGGUUUACACUAUCAACAUUAGCCCACAGGAGACUAAAAAGGUGUACUGUAACAUGGAGUCUGCGGGCGGAGGCUGGACCGUAAUCCAAAGACGUGAAGAUGGUAGCGUGGACUUUCAAAGAACAUGGAAAGAAUAUAAAAUGGGCUUUGGGAGCGUGUCGGCCGAACACUGGCUGGGAAAUGAGUUUGUGCACAUUCUGACCAAUCAGAAGCAGCAUGCCCUCCGUGUGGAGCUGACCGACUGGGACGGACACCAGGCCUUCUCUCAGUAUGACAGUUUCCACAUCGACAGUGAAAAACACAAUUACAGGUUGUUCCUGAAGAGCCACAGCGGGACGGCGGGCAGACAGAGCAGUCUGGCGAUUCACGGCGCUGACUUCAGCACUAAAGACAUGGACAAUGACAACUGCACGUGCAAGUGUGCGCUGAUGCUCAGCGGGGGAUGGUGGUACGAUGCCUGUGGCCCAUCCAACCUUAACGGGGUGUACUACAGACAAGGACAACAUGUUGGAAAAUUCAAUGGAAUCAAGUGGCACUAUUUCAAAGGCCCCAGCUACUCUCUCCGAUCCACUGUCAUGAUGGUUCGACCGGCCGACUUCUCGUAGUUCUCCUCAAAUAGCCCAAAACAUUUAGGUAAAGUGUUACUUUUUGGCCCAUGACAUUAUCAAGUAACACUGUAUAAGUGGUUAGCCGCUUGCCAUGUGGAUAAUGCAGCAUUCUUUUGAGAUAACAGCUCUCCAGGAAACAGGAAUCCUGUGAAUAGAAGGCUGUCCUAUCACCUUUGUGGGACUACAUGGGAGACGGCAUGCUCUUUGGGAAUUUAUGGCAGGAGCUGACUUGGCUGGGCUUUUAUUUUUAAAUAUCAGAGGUAUGAAUUCAAGUGCCAUUUACUUGUCACUCAGGACCUGUGGACUGCUGAGGCAGGCACAUCACCUUUGAUGGUAAUAGACUGGGUCGCAUUGCCUAGCAUUUGCCCUGUGCUCGUCUGGCUUUCGAGUCUCCAAGUGAAUUUAAAGCAGCUUGAAUGUCCUUCAGUAUCCUAAAAGGACCUAUUAAUGUUUAAUACAAAUGUGUUGCACAGUUAUAUUUGGGUUGUGAUACUUCACAUUUUUAUGCUUUUUUAUCCCAAUAUAUUAUUAUUAUUAUUUUAUUGUGUACAUUAUUCCUGUCAAAGUGAAGAAAACCAUAGCAUGCAGCAUUAACGGUGAAUUACAGUGCUAUUUACAAGGGACAUUUUCGGGCAAAGAACAGCACAUCCACCCUCCAGCCUGAUUGUAUUGAUUGUGCAAACUGCAUAUUAUUAUUGGCUUUGAACUUUGGUGACCUUUUAAACACAUCAUAACUUGGCAUAAAAUGUUGAAAUGCAUGCCAAAGAUCACAGCUAUUAAAGAUAAUAUCAUAAAAAUAUUGAUCUAAUAUUAAUCAUUUGUUAGAAAUGAUGAAGUAAAGCCAAUGGAACAUAUGGUACUGUUGCAGUAUAAUACAUAUAAUGAUGUUUUAAUUGAUUCAAACCAUAUUGCCUUAUGAGGAUUUUGUCAUAUUAGGAUUGUUUUGCAGCUCUUGUCUAAAGCAGUGUUACUCUUAUCGACAAGCUUGGAUGAACUUAUUUUAAAUUUAUCCUUAAACCUAAGACUAUAGGUUUGCAAAAGUGUUUAGUAAUUCUGAAUGACUGUACUAUUGAAAGGAAACGCUUUGAUAUAUGGAAUCAGAUAAGUUUCAUUUGUACAUGAAGUUUAUAUAUAAGCCACUUUUAACUGUUCUCAAGUAUAAACAUUUGUUAAAAGGACAUCUUUGACUGUUACGCUAGGUUUUGCUGCUUUUAUAGCAUUGUGUGCUUUGUUGUUAACAAGCCAAGUGAAGUAAAAAGUUAAAACCGCAUCUUUUCCAUUCCAUCCAUUGUGUGAGCAAGCCAUAAAGACUUUUGGUAAAAAUAAGGUUCCGUUUGUUAACAUUGUUAACAUUAGCUGACAUUCAUAACAUUCGGUUCUUCAGUUAAUUAAAACUUAACAAAGAAAAAUAACUCUGAGGCAUUUUUGUCUUUGUUACUAAUACAUUAUUUAAAUCCAAAGUUGUAUUUGUAUCUUGUAUCAUAUUAAUUAACAGACCUGAGCCAACAUGAACAAUGAACAGUUGUAUUUUUAAUCGUUAACAUUAACAAAGAUUAACAGAUAUUGUAACAAGUGUAUUGCUUAUGGUGAAGUUAAUGCAUAAACCAAUGUUAACUAAUGGGACCUUAUUAAGUGUUACUGUAAAUGUACAUAAAUUCUGUUGGUACCAGCGUUUUGGUUUGUGGGUGCUUUUUGUAAGACUUUUUUAAGUUGGCAGGAUUGUAAAGUCAUGCUCACAAAAGUCAUUGCAUUCUCGCUAAAGUCAUUCGAAUACCAUUAGAAUUCCUAUCUUUCAUCAGAAAAGUCUGAUAAUGCUCUUCCAGUUGCUUUAUGCAAGGCUAACUACUGUCUUCCAUCACAACAGCAUGGAGCAUUUUACUGGAAAGUGGUACUUUUAUUGUAAAUCCAUAAAAUCUCUGGACAGCUGCAGAAUGGCAUGUUUCAUAUCACACUCCAAAUACUGUAAUUUUGUGUGUUUAAAAUUGCUUUCCAGAGGAAAGCACUGCUUUACUUUUUUUUUUUAUUAGCUCAGAACCAUCAAUAUGUUCUGAAUUAAAGAAGAUGUAGCUAAAGUAUCUUUAAUGGUAUUGACCUUGUUUGCCUGGUUCAGAUUUCAUUUGCCAUGUUAUUUAAACGCCUCAUCCUUUGUAACAAUGUUCAUGAUGUUAGUUCAAGAAAAUUAAUAAACAAACUUGAUGCUCCAAGCUUAGCUGGA